UUCUUUUCCAUCUUCACCUUUACUUCAUACUUUGUUUUCAAGGUCACUCGUUGGAAUAUGCUAAUCAGUCAUUGAACAACGGUAUACAUAUUAAUGGCAGCAAACUGCUUUUGUUCAUGCAGUGGAAAUCUUUGAGGAGACAGGGGCUGGAUCAGUCAAAAACAGGAUCUGUAGAAGUCUGGCCAAUCUGGCCCUGGACUCGGCGACCUCUGACCUCAUCAUGGCUACCCAAGCCACUCAGCUGGUUGUAAGCUUCAUGAAGACUACUGAGGACAAAGAAUACAAGAAGACAUGCUGUAGAGCAUUGAGACUGUUAGGUCAUUCCGAGAAGCACCGUAAGAAGUUAGUGGAGGAGGGAGGACUGUUCCCUGUGGCCUGCCUGGUGAAGGAGGAAGAUGAGGCUCUGAUGGACUGUGGCCUGAGGGCUCUCUCAGAACUCUCCAACAAGUGCUCAAUAGAAUGUGCCAAACAAGUCCAAAAUGCUGGAGCCAUGAGCAGGUUGGUCGAGCUUGUGCAAGAAAAGGACCCCACUUCAAAACAAUACAGUUUUUCGUUGAAAAUCUUGAUGAACCUGACUGAGCAGGCAAAUGCCCGUCCAUCUGUAGGGAAUGCUGGAGGGAUCACAUUGUUUUUGUCACUAUUCAAAGACGAUACCAAAGGCAACAAUAAAGUUCCACUGUUGAAUGCACUCUGUUUGUUCUGCAGGGAAGCAGUGAACAGAGUACGCAUCCGGGAGCUAGGAAUCUUGGAUGUUCUGCUCAAGGCUUUGCGGGAUGAUAGCUUAGCGGUAUUACAUGGUCGAAUUGUCAGCGCUUUUGUUUGCUUCAUCUAUGAUGACCCCAGUUUAAUUCAUCUACUCUCGCUAGGCCUCAUAGGAACUCUUUUGGAACACUUUCAGUCAAGUGCAGCCUUUUCUUCUACCCAAAAUGUGGCAUUGAGGGACAGCAUAGAAGCCAGAGCUCAGGACAGCGUUGUAAUGAAGAGAGGCGUGCAGUCACCAGACAGUAUUAAAGCUCCUGGAAAGAGGAGGAAAGUUGAAACAGAGGACAGUGGCACCAUCUUUGAUUUUUCUGAUAAGGAGACCAGAAAGUGGGUGUUUACAGAGAAGAUGAAUGAGAAUCAGGACAAACUCUUUGUAGGAUCUGGAAAUGAUGAAGUAUUCAAGCCGGCGGAGGAAAAGGCAGCAGAUGAUUCUGCGUCAAGAACACCAGUAAAAACUCCAGGAGCGGAAGGCAGCACACAGAAAAGCCCAUCUAGACAUCAGCACGUGUACAGCAUAGAUAGCCCUACAUACGAAGCUCAGUACAGCAAAUGGAGUCUGGACAAUUUCAAAUCCAGUGUAAAAUGCAAGCAGAGUUUUACUCCAGAAAGCCUCCAUUCAAGAUCAUCCUCUCCAGAUAGGCUGGGCCUGGCCCCGUCUCCGUCUUCGUCUUAUCCAGACACCUACAGUCCCCUCAGCGUAACAUCAUGCUACUCCCCUGACUACUCCCCUCAAUACAGCCCUUUAUACCAGGCUUACCUGACCCCAGUGUCCUCACCCCUGGGGACAUCUGUCAGCAGUCCCCUUGGCUCUCCUCAGCGGUGCUCAAGUCCUUCGCUUUUGUCGGACACAAAAGAACAAAUCGCUGCUGCUGGGGAUGAUGGUGGAAAGGCCUGGGAGUAUUCUUCAGAAGAGGGAAGCUCUGAGGAGAUACAGUCAACAAGUUCGGCAGCCGCAAUCAAUCUCACAGAACAUUCCAAAGAUACUCCAGCAUGCAGGGACCAACCUUCAUUCUCAGGAGUGACCCGGAAUAGACUGGAAACGGGCAACUGUAAUACCAAAAGAAACUUGAACAGAAGUUUAGAGGAGUUCAAAAGCGGGCUUUCGAAAAAUGCUGAAAUAUUUUCAUCUUCAAAUCUCAAGGAGGGAACGUGCAAUUCUAACAGGAAAGAAGUAAAAAGUUCGUCCGGGAAAAGCGUGCGAAAACAGAAGUCAUCGAUCUGUAAGGUCACCGAAGAAAAUAUUCUGAUAUUUUUAUCAAGGGUGUCACAAAUGCCUGACCCAAGCAAAUUUCUGGUGUCAGAGGAAUGUUUGUGUGGAUUGCUGGAUUAUAUCUCUUUGUCAGAAAAGCCUUGUUCUAGAGCGGGUCGAAUACUGAGGCGACUGUUCAAUAAUCCACACUGUCUGGAACCCUUGUUAGAUGUGCUGGCGCCAGUGUAUGUUCGCGAUAAGCUGUGUGGAGGUGACAUUGAUGACUCUGGGCAGAUGAACGAGACUGUCACUGCUAAGUCUGCAAGGAAUUCUCAGGAUGGAAGACAAGGGCGCAGAAAAAGCAGUGUUUCCGAGCCAGAAGACACACCCGAUCCGGUAUGUUUAAGCGCAUCUGCCCUUGGUGCAACCUUGAUGCAGGACCUAAGUUUUGUCGUGGAGUCACAGUAUGGAAGAGGGACAGUGGCUCAUGUGCUGAAAAGAAAACCAGAAGCUCAGAAGACAAGAUGUGUGAUUUGUUUACCAUUUCUCUGCAGAAGCAAGCCGUCACAGCAGAAGACUCUCUUUGAUGAUGGGGCAUUGCGUCAACUUCUGGAUUUGUUCAAGACCGAUUCUUACUCUGAAAUGCAGCAUGUUGCAGUACAAGGAUUACAUUUCUUGUGUCACAACUCGGAUGUCAAGCUAAAGCUACCAGAACGCAAAUUUCCAUUUCCUACGGACGAAACUGCUAAAGCCCUGUCCCUGUCGUUCGCCACGGAUGCUGGGCUCUCUGUGAAGCCUCCCAGUUGUCCGGACUGUGUCUACGCAGCUGUGUCUGCCUUUCACGACUUGACAUUCGUGUUGGAAGGAGACACGAAAUGCUCUGGAAGCCGAGCAGUGCUAGUGGGCGUAUGUCCCGUGUUUCAAGCCAUGCUCAAGGGAGACUACUCCGAGUCCAGACAGUCCGAAAUAACCAUACAUGAAGUGUCCGCGGACGCUUUCCAGUUCUUGAUGCAUUUUUUUCAUGGCUGUGGCCCGGACUGUGGCUUAGUUAAACGUGUCAUUGAGGCUGAGUUCCCCUUGUAUAGUUUCCUAGACGUCAUGUCUCUGGCGGAUAGAUAUCUUCUACUUACUCUGGAGAGAUACUUGGCCACAAAAGCGAAGCAAGAAUACUUGAACAUGUCUACUCUGAGCGACCUUUACCAUUUUGCGGUAAUUCACAAUUACUCCACACUGGCAGAUGAUUGCCUAAGGUUUCUUCUGACUCACGAAGUGCCGAGCCUGGAAAGACUGCAUUAUUUGGAAGAUCUGCUGUCUCAAGGGGAUUCUCGUGCAGCUUGUGAACAUAUAUACUACAUUCUUAGAUCUAAUGCUUUUGGGACCAGACCAUGAAUAAGUUAUUUAUCAUUAUUCGCUGUUUAAAUUAUUCUAAUAACAAUUAAAAUCUA